CACAUAAAGAAAAAAGUUACUCUGGUGAUGCGAUUUGAUGGAUUUGGCCAUCAACGGUUCUGAUAAUUUCUGCAUCAAUCCCAUGUAUUUGAUGGAUUCUACAGAAAACAAGAGAAACGAAAAGGGACAGCCCCAAGAAAAAGAAAUCAACGGUCUUGAUUGAUGGGGUUGACUUGCUUAUUGUCCUACUUAGCAACACAGUAACCAUCUUCCUUCUGCCUGCGUGCCGAGCCUUUUGCUGAUAAAUUGACUGGGUCGGCCUAUUUUUCACUUUUCCAUGUUUUUUUUCCUUCCCCUCUCCUUUCUAUCUCUUUAGAAGCAUGAAACAAAGAGCAUCGAAGCAACCUUGAAUCUAUAUUGGAUCUUGAUAUCUAAGAAGACCUGGAAAUGGAUCUUAAAGAGAGGCUAUCUGGUGAACUACAAAAGAAAGUUCCUGAACACCCAUCUUUUACUAAUUUCAAUACCCAGCAUCAGCAGAAGUGGGAAGAUCCAUCCAUUUUAGAUUACAGCACCAGGAUUGAACCACCUUUCCAUGUAUUCAACCAAACUUCUCAAACUCAGUCUUCACUGCCGCGUAACCCCAAUAACCAAAUUAAAGUCCUUGGCCAAGAUGGCCCUGUUAAUGAAACGCUGCUCGCCAAUAAAGUCCAAGAUUGGGAUCCAAGUGCAAUGCUAAACAAUCUGUCAUUCCUUGAGCAGAAGAUCCAUCAGCUUCAGGAGUUGGUGCAUUUAAUCGUUGGCCGAAGGGGCCAAGUGUUGGGGCGACCAGAUGAACUUGUAGCUCAGCAACAGCAGCUAAUUACUGCUGAUCUCACUUCAAUUAUAGUUCAGUUGAUAUCUACUGCUGGUAGUCUUCUCCCAUCUGUUAAGCAUACACUUUCUGCAGCUAGUCCAUCUAUUGGACAGUUUGGGCAGUUUGGUGGAGUUGUCUUCCCUUCUGGGCAAGGGCUAAAUGGUGGGGUUCAGCCACAAAGUGCUGGUGGAAGCAGAAUCUCUGAGCAGCCAAACUCUGUUGAUGUUAGUAGUAACAGUGGAAAUGAGCAGAAUCAUAUUAUUGAAGAACAUGAAUUGAAAGAUGAGGAAGAUGUUGAGGAAGGAGAAAACCUUUUACCUGGCACCUAUGAGAUAUUGCAGUUAGAAAAGGAAGAGAUCCUUGCGCCCCACACUCACUUCUGCACUAUAUGUGGAAAAGGAUUCAAGAGAGAUGCAAAUUUACGAAUGCACAUGAGAGGUCAUGGAGAUGAGUAUAAAACACCAGCAGCAUUGGCAAAACCCAAUAAAGAAUCCAGCUCCGAACCAACUCUUAUUAAGAGGUAUUCCUGCCCUUAUGCUGGCUGCAAGCGGAACAAGGAUCACAAAAAGUUUCAGCCUCUGAAGACCAUUUUAUGUGUCAAAAACCAUUACAAGAGAACCCACUGUGACAAGAGCUACACUUGCAGCAGAUGCAACACCAAAAAAUUCUCGGUAAUUGCUGAUCUCAAAACUCACGAGAAGCAUUGUGGUAAGGAUAAAUGGCUUUGUUCUUGUGGCACAACGUUUUCAAGGAAAGAUAAGCUGUUUGGGCAUAUUACUCUUUUCCAAGGUCACACUCCAGCAAUUCCCUUGGAUGAAAAUAAAGGAUCUGCUGGGCCAUCUGAUCAUCGAGGAGAUGGCAAUCAAGCCACAAAUAAGGUGGGAAGCAUGAAUUUCAACUUUUCCUCAAAUGUUUCUAGUGAAGGUGGGGUUCAAAGUAGUGUGGAUGUUAAAGGGAGCAUUGAUGAUCCUGCUGGUUAUUUCUCACCAUUGAACUUCGAUACAUGUAAUUUUGGUGGGUUUCAUGAGUUCCCACGACCCCCAUUCGAUGAUUCAGAGAACUCAUUUGCAUUUCUCCUUUCAGGGUCUUGUAAUUACAGUCAGAAAAGUGGAGAAGACUAAAGCCCUAAUAGUAUUGGCUAAUGUUUUUAGGUAUUUGUAUUCUUCCUUCCUUGGAUUAGGGGUUCAGGGAUAUUAAUUUGUAUUGCAUUUGUAUGGUAAGGCAACCCUAUGUACUUAAUUGCUUAAAUAAAUGCUUUUUUAAUGAAAAGAAAGUCUUGUUCACUUA